CUACGCAUGUUAUUUCUUAAUUUUGCCUUUUUAAAUCGUAAGGCCGAUAUAUUUUAGAAUACUUAUACCCACAAAGUUCUAAAACCCUACUGACUGAGCUCACCGGGUUUAAGGGAAACACAAAUUGUUCAUCAACAGAGUUACAGAGGUUUAAAGAUGGCUUUGUUCAAUAGAAUGGGAAAUAUGCUUAAACAGAGUUUAAGCAGACACACGAACUUGGAACUAGGUGCCUCUAGAACCUCACUUUUCCAAGCUAUAAGAAGCAUGUCCUCUUCAAAGCUUUUUGUUGGAGGUCUCUCGUAUGGCACUGAUGAAGCCUCUCUGCAAGAGGCAUUCUCCCAACAUGGACAAGUGAUUGAAGCUAGAAUUAUUUUGGAUCGUGACACUGGGAGAUCCAGAGGGUUUGGUUUUGUUAGUUAUGCAUCUGCUGAAGAAGCAUCGAGUGCCCUGAAUGCCUUUGAUGGCCAGGAACUCCACGGGAGACGGUUAAGGGUGAAUUAUGCCACAGAAAAGCGUCCUGGAGGAUUUGGUGGUGGUUAUGGCAGCGGAGGUGGAUAUAACUAUGGUGGGGGGGGAGCUGGAGGGUACGCAUCUGGCAAUUAUGGAGGUGGUGGUAACUAUGGUACCAACAACAGUUACCCUGCAGGUGGCGGAAACUAUGGUGGAGGAAUGGGGUAUGGUAGUGGUGGCGAACAAGGCAGCUUUGGGGGUGGAUAUGCUGGUGGGGAUAGUGGAAAUUACAAUGCUGGUGUUUCCGGUAGUAAUGAUCUCUUCAACAACUCUGAAUUUGGUGGGAGCUCUGGGAGCUUGCACUAUGGUAGCGAAGAACAGCUUAGUGCAGACCAAGGGACUGAAUCUAUAAACAAUGAUUUCACACCAGGCGCAGAAGGAAGCUACACAGGUGACAAUGAUGGGCCAAAUGACUAUGCCAACUCAAGGAGUUGAUAAUAUGUCCUUCCAUGCUAUUCAAGAACUUUGGCUUUGACGAGUACAUGUGAGGCAAAGAAUAUGUCCUUCCAUACUACUCAUUCUUUUUGUUUAAGGCAUUUGUCAUACCUUUCUUGACUUUGUGACUAAAAUGACGAUCGCAGCAUUUGCACAUCUAGUUAAUGUGCAAUCAGAACCAAUAAAAUAUGCAUGUUAAAACUGAUUAGAUCCCACAAUUAUUUAGUGGAAGUGUUUCCUUUA